AAAAUUUAAUUUGGAGGAAAUGCUCUCGUCGUUCUCUCGUGUCGUUUACUUAGCAAAGAGGCAAAGUUCGAGAACUGUGUUCAGAGGCUCAGAGCAAGCAAGCAAGCUCACACUUCUUUCUCUUUAGUAUCUUUCCUUUAUUUUAUCUUUUUAUUAUUUUCUCACUGUCUCUCUGCAAGGAGUUAGAUCUUGGCAACAUUCGGACCAACUUCCAGAUUUUCCUUAUCUGAUUCUCAGUUUCUUCUACUUGAUUCUCCUCAGCUACUACAUUAGUCCACGGAUUCAUGAUCUGCUGUUCGAUUCCACAACAAAAAUGGUUCCUUUCUGGAUUUGAGUAGACAACUAGUGAAACAGAGUGUUGUGUCUUUUUAAGGAAAAGAUCUGAACUUUCUUUAGUUUUGGUAAGAUGGCUGGAGAGAGAAGACACAAAGGGAUGCGUUUAAGCAAACUCUACUCAUUCAAGUGUCUCAAGCCUUUCUCCAAAGAAGACCAUUCUCAGAUUGGCUCAAGAGGCUACUCAAGAGUUGUCUUCUGCAACGAUCCCGAUAACCCCGAGGCUCUCCAGCUUAACUACAGAGGGAACUACGUGUCCACCACCAAGUACACAGCUGCUAACUUCAUCCCAAAGUCUUUGUUCGAACAGUUUAGAAGAGUCGCAAAUAUAUACUUCCUAGUUGUUGCUUUCGUCUCCUUUAGUCCUUUAGCUCCUUACACCGCCCCCAGCGUUCUUGCACCUCUCUUGUUUGUGAUCGGUGCUACUAUGGUUAAAGAAGGUGUUGAAGAUUUGAGGAGAAGAAGACAAGACGUUGAAGCUAACAACAGGAGAGUAUUAGUCCUUUCCAAGAACAAUGGCGAAUUUAGUAAAACCAAGUGGAAGAAUCUCCGAGUUGGUGAUCUUGUGAAAGUUCACAAAGACGAGUACUUCCCAGCUGAUCUUCUGCUCCUCUCAUCAAGCUACGAAGACGGAGUUUGCUACGUGGAAACAAUGAACCUCGACGGAGAGACCAACUUGAAGCUAAAGCACGCGCUGGAGAUAACAUCAGCUGAAGAGUCUUCGAUCGAAAGCUUCAGAGGAGGAGUGAUCAAAUGUGAAGACCCCAACGAGCAUCUCUACUCUUUCGUGGGAACACUUCACUACCAAGGCCAACAGUACCCUCUCUCUCCUCAGCAGAUGCUUUUGAGAGACUCAAAGCUUAGAAACACUGAUUACAUCGUUGGAGUCGUCGUCUUCACGGGCCACGACACCAAAGUGAUGCAGAACGCUACUGAUCCUCCUUCUAAGAGGAGCAAGAUCGAGAGGAAAAUGGAUAAGAUCGUCUACAUCCUCUUCAGUAUCUUGAUUGUGAUAGCUUUCACCGGUUCAGCCUUCUUCGGGAUUAUAACGAGAAGAGAUAUAACUGAUGAUGGGAAGAAGCUGAGGAGAUGGUAUCUCAGACCGGACAAGACCACUGUCUUCUACGAUCCAAAGAGAGCUGUUCUUGCUUCCUUCUUUCAUUUCUUGACCGCGUUAAUGCUAUACGGCUACUUAAUACCGAUAUCUCUAUACGUUUCGAUCGAAGUUGUGAAGGUCUUGCAAAGCAUAUUCAUAAACCAAGAUCAAGAGAUGUACCACGAGGAAACAGACAGGCCUGCUCGUGCAAGAACGUCUAACCUCAACGAAGAAUUGGGACAAGUCGACACGAUCCUCUCUGACAAAACAGGUACCUUAACUUGCAACUCGAUGGAGUUUGUGAAAUGCUCCAUAUCCGGAACUGCUUACGGUCGCGGUAUGACCGAAGUAGAAUUAGCCUUGAGAAAGCAAAAGGGUAUGACUAUGACCACCUCUCAAGAUGAUGAGAUAAAAGCGAAUCCAACAAAGUCUGUUAAAGGGUUUAACUUCUGGGACGAGAGGAUAGUCGAUGGGCAGUGGAUUAACCAGCCGAACGCAGAACUCAUUCAGAAGUUUUUUCGAGUGUUGGCUAUUUGUCAUACUGCUAUCCCUGACGUGGAUGGUGAGAGUGGUGAGAUCAGUUAUGAAGCUGAGUCUCCUGAUGAAGCGGCGUUUGUGAUAGCUUCUAGAGAGCUUGGGUUUGAGUUCUUCGCCAGGUCUCAGACUCAUAUCUCCUUGCAUGAGAUUGAUCACAUGACCGGUGAGAAAGUAGACAGAGUGUAUGAGCUGCUUCAUGUCCUGGAGUUCAGCAGCUCUCGCAAGAGAAUGUCUGUUAUUGUGAGGAAUCCAGAGAACCGGUUGCUGUUGCUUUCCAAAGGAGCAGACAGUGUGAUGUUUGAGAGACUAGCUAAACACGGACGCCAAUUUGAGAGGGAGACGAAGGAGCACAUCAAGAGGUAUGCAGAGGCAGGGUUAAGGACGUUGGUGAUUGCAUACAGAGAAGUAGAUGAAGAGGAGUACAGAAUGUGGGAAGAGGAGUUUCUGAAUGCGAAGACUUUGGUGACUGAAGAUAGAGAUGCUUUGAUAGAUGCAGCUGCUGAUAAGAUUGAGAGGGAUUUGAUUCUUCUUGGUUCUACUGCAGUGGAAGACAAACUCCAAAAGGGUGUUCCAGAUUGCAUUGAAAAGUUGUCUCAGGCUGGGGUUAAGAUAUGGGUUUUAACCGGUGAUAAGACAGAAACUGCAAUAAAUAUAGGAUAUGCUUGUAGUCUGUUAAGAGAAGGCAUGGAAAAGAUUCUGAUAACUCUAGAUUCACCUGACAUUGAAACUCUGGAGAAACAAGGAGACAAAGAUGCUGUUGCAAAGGCUUCUUUCCAGAGUAUUAAGAAACAGUUACGAGAAGGAAUGUCACAAACUGCCGUAGCAACAAACGACGAAGCUAAUGAAAAUCCGGAGAUGUUUGGUUUAGUGAUUGAUGGAAAGUCAUUAACUUUUGCAUUGGACAAGAAGCUAGAGAAAGAGUUCUUGGAACUUGCGAGUCGAUGUGGUUCUGUUAUAUGUUGCCGAUCUUCACCAAAACAGAAGGCUCUGGUUACAAGAUUGGUAAAAAGCGGGACGGGUAGAACAACACUAGCCAUUGGAGACGGUGCAAAUGAUGUUGGAAUGCUUCAGGAAGCUGAUAUUGGAGUCGGUAUAAGUGGUGCUGAAGGAAUGCAGGCGGUGAUGGCUAGUGAUUUUGCCAUUGCUCAGUUUCGUUAUCUGGAAAGGUUGUUGCUUGUUCAUGGACAUUGGUGUUAUAGACGAAUAGCUAUGAUGAUAUGUUACUUCUUCUACAAGAACCUCGCGUUCGGAUUCACGCUGUUUUGGUAUGAAGCUUAUGCUUCUUUCUCUGGUAAACCAGCUUAUAACGAUUGGUACAUGUCUUGCUACAACGUCUUCUUCACUUCACUUCCUGUCAUCGCCCUUGGAGUCUUUGAUCAAGACGUCUCUGCUCGCCUUUGUCUCAAGUAUCCGUUACUAUACCAAGAAGGAGUACAGAACAUAUUAUUCAGCUGGGAACGGAUCCUUGGUUGGAUGUUAAACGGAAUCAUAAGCUCAAUGAUCAUCUUCUUCCUCGCAAUCAACACACUCGCCUCUCAAGCUUUCCGGAAAGAUGGUCAAGUAGUUGAUUACUCGGUUCUUGGAGUCACAAUGUACUCUUCCGUGGUCUGGACCGUGAACUGCCAAAUGGCGAUUUCUAUAAACUACUUCACUUGGAUCCAACACUGCUUCAUUUGGGGAAGCAUAGGGGUUUGGUAUCUGUUUCUUGUCAUCUACGGUUCUCUUCCUCCAACAUUCUCCACGACAGCGUAUCAGGUCUUCGUUGAGACUUCAGCACCGAGUCCCAUCUGUUGGUUAACUCUUGUGCUCGUCACGUUCUCUGCUCUCUUGCCGUAUUUCACUUACAGGGCGUUUCAGAUCAAGUUCAGACCGAUGUACCAUGAUAUUAUUGUUGAGCAGAGGAGAACAGAACGGUUUGAGAGUGGGACCAGGACGACGAGUGCUCUUUCUGGUGAGCUUCCUGUGCAAGUUGAGUUUACUUUGCAUCACCUUAAGGCAAACUUGUCGAGAAGAGAUUCUUGGAAUUGAUUCGUAGUUUACGUAAAGAGUGAAUGACAAUAUUGUAAAUAUAGUGUGUUUAGUUUAUACCUAGCUGUCUUUAACAAGUUUUAUUGCUGAUCUUGGAUUUAAAAUUUUUAUUUAGAUGAAAUUUGUAUGUUUUAGACU